AUGUCUGUAUAAUUUUCAGAGUUUACGCAUGUGUUGAUGAUCGGAGCAAUCGGCGGAGGAGCAGAACCUCAUCCUCUGCCUAAGAUUGUAAUUAACAAUUAUGUUAAUGUCAUGAUGAUUGCAUUCAAAGUAAAGGCUCUAAUUUGCCAGGUGAAGAUCAGUCAUUUCAAAAGACAUCUACUGCUUGCAACAACGAAUCACAGAUGCCAACACACAAAGAUCAAUUCAUAUAAACUACUCAGUUACAGGCCACCUGAUUGGGCAGGCCACCUUAAAAUGAUUCCAUUAGUGAAAGUUAAGGUGCGGAAACUGGAGUUUUUACUAGGUGAAGCCUUAGCAACUGGUUGCCAAGCAGUGAUAACAUGUGGUGGAGUUCAGUCAAACCAUUGUCGCACAACAGCAGUUGCAGCUAAACAACUUGGUAUUGAAACUCAUCUUCUACUCAGGUCCAGGUCAGAGAACCUUUCUGAGACUGGUUGUCAUGGGAACAUGUUACUGAACAGUUUGAUGGGUGCAUCCAUGUACUUGGUUCCCAUAAAAGCUCAAGAGAAGACCGACCUUGAGCCCAGAAUGCAGCGGCUUGCCGACAGACUGCAAGAGGAAAAGGGUAUUAAAGCAUAUUCGAUCCCUAUUGGCGGAUCCAAUGUUGUUGGUCUCCAUGGUUACUUGUGUGGCUGGCAAGAACUCUUAGAACAGGUGGAAUAUUUAGCAUGUUUGAUGGGCGGCUAGGAGAUGUUCAGAUGCAGUCAGCUGGAGAAACAUUGGUACAGAACUGGAUGAACCCUGAAGAUGAACCAACUAUUGUAUGAUGAUACAUUCAUGAGGGCAGCCUUCAUUAUUCUUAUUAUUACCAUUAACCAUUCUGUAUUCAGAGCAAGUGAUCAUCAUUGACAUAGACAUAUUUUAACAAAAAUUUGAAUUAUUAUUUUAAACUUAGAAUUAAAGAAAGCCAAAUAGAAUAUGGAAAUGAUGCUCAUAUCAAUGCAUAGAAGAUGAAUUUUAUUUGACUUUAGUAUGUUUACAUUUUACAUUAGGAAAAACUUAAUUCCAUCUUUCUUAUAUACAUAUACUGUAUAAACCCAAAAAUGUUUAAGUUCUAUCAAAUAAUGUCAUCAAUUGAUUAUAAUGUUUCAUAUAAUGUAUCAAAAUACUGUAUCUUCACUUAGCUUAUUAUAAGAAGAUGUGAUUUGUUUUCUUCUGUUUUCUAAAUGUUAUUUUGUUUUGUAAAUGUGCCAAGGGCCUAAAAUACAAAUACAUGACCUAGACCCCAGCAUGGGGUCUAGUCUAGAGAUGAACGAACAAAAGAAAACUUGCUGUGAUACGGUAGAAUUGAAUAAUAAUGGAGUUAGGUAUACGGUUAUCGGGUGCAGAAUGUGGCAGAGAAGAUAAAAAGCUAUUCGUGAAGAGAAUGUUGUGUAGUGGGAACUGAGACAUGUUGGAGGGACGAAUUUGAUUUUUAGUAUUUGCUCUGAACUUUAUUUAAUAAUGGUUAAUAUAUUUAUAUUUGCCAAUUAGUGUAAUACUUAUAAUUAAUUACUUGUAAUUUUAUAUUACACAUAAUUCAGCAUAUGUUCCCAAUUGAUUGUUGCAUGUGAUUUGGUUUUUUUUUCUGAAUUAAAAUUAUAUUCAAGAGUA